CUGUUGGAUUACAAUACAGGAGAAGAAAAAUCUUCAAAAAACCUCCUUGGUUCUGCUACAAAUGCUAUUCUAAAUAUGGUGAAUAUUGCUGCUAAUAUUCUUGGAGCCAAAACUGAAGAGACUUCUGAAGCUGAAGGAGGGAACAAAAGUGUAUCUGAAAAUGUUACUGUCACUCCUGCAACUUCAACAUCUGCACCAAGACUGCCUGAACCAACUCCUGUUCCUUCACCAGAACUUGUAACUACAGAUAUUCCCCAAAUAGAUAAAGAGGAAUUAACUGUUGAUUUGACAAAAGAAAGUCCCAUUGUGCAGCUAGUUCAAGAGUAUGAAGAAGAUGCCAGUCAGUCAACAGUGACCUUGCUGCCCAGUGAUGAUCAAGACGAGGAAGCAUCAGCAUGGUUUGAGCUUGAAACACAAACGUAUUGCUACGACAUGACAACAAUAUGUUGCAUUUCUACCUUUUCAGAGUAUCUGUAUAAAUGGUGUUCAGUUAUAAUAGCCCUCCAUCGGCAACACAGUAAAAGUGAAAGCAAGCAAGAGCAAGAUGAUUCUGCUGUUCAUCAGCCCCAGGCUGUUCUGCCUGAGUCUAUACCCACUUCAGUAGAUGAGCCUCUGCCUGAGGAGUUGGACAGCAAAGUUACUGAGAGACCAUCUGGAUCUACUGCUGCAAGUGAUUUUAGCAGUGCGGUCUAUGAGGAGAUGAAAAAUGAGACCACAGAUGCUAUUGAACUGGAACCAAGCCAUCCUCAAACUCUUUCUCAAUCUCUCCUCUUAGAAGUAACUUCUGAAGUUAAGCCAUCGGCAACAACAGAAAUGUCACUGGAACCAGCAAAAGAAGCUGGAGGCCAUGUAGCACCAACUGUGACUCCUCAGGUGGAUGUAACUGAGAUUAGUGUAGAAACAGAGAAAGCUGUGAGCUCUGUUAUUGCAGAAAAACCUUUAGCUUCAGAGACCAGUGUUGUCAGUGAAGUAAAGGAGAUGAGCACAGGAGAGACUGCAGCUAUUCCAGCAAUUUCAAAGCCCACAGAGACUGUUCUGCAGCCUGAAUAUACAAUGGGCACCUUAGCCAGUGAUGUUGGGGAAGGAAAAGAAAGCACUCCAGAAGUGCAGAAGCCUGUGGUCUCUACUGUUGAGUCUCCUGUAUCUGCUGAUAUAAAGGAGGAGGAUCAGGCAACUGAAGAUGCUUUUAUGGCAAUUCCAGUUUCUGGAGGACAACAGAGAACAGCUACAGACUUCUAUGCUGAACUGCAGAAUUCAACAGAUCUAAGUUAUGCUAAUGGAAAUCUUGUGCAUGGGUCUAAUCAGAAGGAGUCUGUUUUUAUGCGACUUAAUAAUCGCAUUAAAGCCCUGGAAGUAAAUAUGUCUCUCAGCAGCCGUUAUUUGGAAGAACUUAGUCAGAGGUAUCGAAAGCAAAUGGAAGAAAUGCAGAAGGCUUUCAAUAAAACUAUAAUAAAACUUCAGAACACCUCAAGAAUAGCAGAGGAGCAGGAUCAGCGGCAAACAGAUGCAAUUCAGCUGUUACAAGCUCAGCUGACCAACAUGACACAGCUGGUUUCCAAUCUGUCAACAACUGUCACGGAAUUAAAGCGUGAGGUUUCUGAUAGGCAAACCUACCUUGUGAUUUCUCUGGUUCUCUGUGUCAUCCUGGGCCUGGUGCUGUGUGCGCAGCGCUGCAGAAGCACCUCUCAGUUCUGUGGAGAUUACCUCUCAAAAAUUCCCAAAAGUAAUAAUUAUCCCAGCCCCAAAAGAUGUUUUUCUUCCUAUGAUGAUAUGAAUUUGAAAAGAAGAAUCUCUCUUCCACUGGUCAGAUCGCAGUCCUUUCAGCUAUCUGGUAAAGAAGUGGACCCAGAGGACCUGUACAUUGUCGAACCCCUCAAGUUUUCCCCAGAGAAGAAGAAAAAGCGUUGUAAAUACAGAAGUGACAAGAUAGAGACUAUCAAGCCGACAGCAGAGCCUCUGCAUCCCAUAGCCAAUGGGGAAAUUAAAGGAAGGAAGCCGUUCACGAACCAGAGGGACUUCUCUAAUAUCGGGGAAGUUUAUCACUCUUCGUAUAAGGGUCCUCCAUCUGAAGGAAGCUCAGAAACCUCGUCGCAGUCUGAGGAGUCCUAUUUUUGUGGCAUUUCAGCUUGUACGAGUCUGUGCAACGGACAGACCCAAAAGACAAAAACUGAGAAGAGGGCUAUAAAACGAAGACGGUCAAAAGUUUCAGACCAAGGGAAGCUCAUAAAAACUCUAAUACAGACUAAGUCAGGGUCAAUGCCAAGCCUGCAUGACAUAAUCAAAGGAAACAAAGAUAUAACAGUGGGCACUCUUGGUGUCACGGCUGUUUCUGGACACAUCUAAAACUAGCUGAACUUCUCAAACAGGAGAGUGUUUGUUCAUUUGAGAACAGUCUGUGGUAUUCUGUGGGAGGCUAAUGGGAGACAAAGAGCUCAAGUAAUUGGAAAGUAUUCAGAAAUUUGGUUUCUGCCUUUUUAAAUAGAUGGGAUUGUGUCAAUCUUGGCUGUAAGCUGCAGCUUUACAAGGCUGAUAAUUUCCUAUGAGAACAUCUUGGGGGGAGGGAGGGCAGGGUUCAUUUUAUAAAGGUUUUUUUUCACAAUUCCUGGGGCAGAGAUUUUUUGAAACCCAGUUUGUUGGGUGGAAUAGGGAUAAAAGCCUAAUCCUCUUCCUUUAGCUUUGUUCCUAUUUCUUGCACCUUCCCAUAUUUAUGUGCCUUUUGUCUAUUUAUAAUGCCACUGGAAGAGGGGAGAUAAAAUUGUUUGUCAUUUGAUUUAUUUUGUAAUUUCUCUAGCUUUUUUUGAAGAUGCAACACUACAGUGCUGUAAAGGGACAUGUGUUGGCCUUCAGCUGGACUCAAUGUGGACUGGAUACUGUAAAAAUGCUAAUAGAUGGACUUGCCUGACUAGAUUCAGGCUUUGCAAACUCGAUUGAGGAAGAAAACUUGCUUGGGAUUGUGAUUACAUUUAUUUCCA